GAAAAAUGUUUGGAGAGAAGACAGAUAGAUCUUGUUGGCAGCGCUACUAUGGCUCUGCUGGCGUCAUCGAAGGGAGUGGUGAUAUCAGUGCCGGUGCUUGUUCUCACCGCCGCCACAGCCGCAGUCUUCUUCUUCGUUCUCCUCUCUUCUCUGUCUUCACCUUCAUCUCCCCCUACUUGCUCUUGCCCUACCGCCCCGGAUCGCACUGCCUCUAGCGCCGCUACCACCGGCUCCUAUGAGGAGCGGAUCUCGCCGUCGGCAGAGGAUAUUGAGUGGGUGAAGGGGCAGAUCGUGGCCAAUGGCCUCCAUAUGAGACAGAAUGUGCUCCGCAAAGGGAUUAACCCUCGCACUCGCCAACACCAGCUCCAGGAUCUUCUUCAGUUCAAGGGAGUAUCACACUAUGAAGGAGAGGAAGCAAAUAAUCACACUGCUCUCGCUUGUCCCAGUGAGCUCCUUGUAGAAGAGCACCACAGCAAUUAUGGGGAACCUUGGGCAGGAGGGCGAGAUGUGUUUGAAUUCCUUGCAGAAUCAGUUCAUCUAGCUCCUAACUCCAAAGUUUUGGAGAUUGGAUGUGGGACCCUUCGUGUUGGUUUGCAUUUCAUCCGGUACUUGAACCCUGGACAAUACCACUGCCUUGAAAGAGAUGAGCUAUCCUUAAUGGCUGCCUUGAGGUAUGAGCUUCCAUCCCAAGGUUUAUUACCUAAACGUCCUCUUAUUGUAAGAGGUGAAGACAUGGAGUUCAGUAAAUUUGGAUCUGGAACCAUGUAUGAUUUGAUAUACGCAAGUGCUGUUUUCCUUCAUAUGCCCGAUAAGCUUGUAUGGGCUGGGUUAGAGAGACUUGUUGAUAGAUUAAAACCUCUAGAUGGUCGUAUUUUCGUGUCACACAAUAUAAAGUUCUGUUCAAGAUUAGGAGGAGACGAAUGCACAAAAAGGCUAAGUAAUCUUGGGCUUGAGUAUCUUGGGAAGCACACUCAUGAUAGUUUGCUCUUCAACCACUACGAGAUUUGGUUUGAAUUUAGGCGCUUCAAGGCUUAAAAUUAUAUAGACAAUCAGAUGGAGAUCGAUAUUCCAUAUUUGUGAGGAAGCAAUUGGAACCGGGUUGAUAGACUUGUUGAUUGAUUCAUUCUUUACAUCUAUGCGCUGGUUUGCAAUGUGCAAGAGAUAGAAGAGAUUUUUGUUGGAGCAGCUUUAGUGGUCAUUAAUUUGUAGUUUAACUAUAAGAUUCUGCUCUGAACUUAGGAUGGAGAAUGCAUGCUUAUUCGGCUUGUCAUCAUUGUAUUCUAGGUAUCUAUGCUAGUCUUGCAGGAAGACAGUUUUGUUAUAAGAUCACUCCAUAGCAUUAGUAUACCCAAAUGUGUAACUUCGUGAUGUAUAUUUGAAAUUCUACUUACAAAGGCUUCUGUUAUAUGCUUCCUAUGUACACAUCAGUAAACAUUGUUGUGUUCACCUCUA